GGUGGGCGGAGGUGGGAAGCGGCUGGCGAUCGCGCAGCCGUGCGGCUCUCCGGUACGCCCUCGUGUGUCGUCGCGCCGCUAUGACGUAGUCCUGCGGCGGUCCAUGAUGCUGCGGCGCCCGCUGGCCGGGCUGGCAGUGGCCGCCUUGGAAUGCGUCCGUGCGGACGGCAUGGCAGGACCGAGACCAGUGGUGCUGAGUGGGCCAUCAGGGGCAGGGAAAAGCACCCUACUCAAGAAGUUGUUCCAGGAACAUGACAGCAUCUUUGGCUUCAGCGUGUCCCAUACUACAAGGAACCCAAGACCUGGAGAGGAAAAUGGCAAAGAUUACUACUUUGUGACCAGGGAGGUGAUGCAGCGUGAUAUUGCAGCAGGGGACUUCAUUGAGCAUGCCGAGUUCUCGGGCAACCUGUAUGGGACAAGCAAGGAGGCUGUUCGGGCUGUGCAGGCCAUGAACCGCAUCUGCGUGCUGGACAUCGACCUGCAAGGUGUGCGCAACAUCAAGAAGACUGAUCUGGAUCCCAUCUACAUCUCUGUGCAGCCCCCCUCGCUGGAUGUGCUGGAGCAACGACUGAGGCUACGCAACACUGAGACUGAGGACAGUUUGGCAAAGCGGCUGGCAGCUGCACGGGCUGACAUGGAGAGCAGCAAGGAGCCUGGCUUGUUUGACCUGGUGAUCAUCAAUGACAACCUGGAUGAAGCCUAUGCUAUACUGAAGCAGGCCCUCUCUGAGGAAAUCAAGAAGGCUCAGGGCACUGGCCAUGCCUGAAGGCCUGCUUCAUUUCAUAGAGUGAUGCCGGUGUUACAGACCUGCCUGGUUUCGAGGUGGGGUGCACCAAGGACUCGGAAUAGGCUUCCACUGUGAAGUAGGAGGGGCUUGCCCCUUGUCUGGCCACAUGGUGGCUCUGCACCCUGGGCUAACUUGCUGAGGCCGAAGGACUCCGAAGUGUACCCACAUCUAUUCGCCCUGGCUGUCCUUGUCCCUAUCCCUGUCCCUCCUGCUGGAGCAGGACUGACAUGACCUCCUAAUAAAGUAACUCUGGGUUAGAGGA